AUGUCCAUUGAAAAUUCGGAACCACCACCAGCGCGCUUAACAAUUCUGGAUAUCCAUAAGGAACCAGAAAUGGAUUUACUUCCAAUAUCUGGGCAUGAAAAGCAGCCUCUGUUACCAUUGAAAGAAGCCUGCGAGCCACUUUAUUCGAUUGUUGCUCGUUUAGCUCAGUAUGUUCAAAUAGCCUUAAACAAUAGUAAACGCUUAUCAGAUCGUGAAGGCUUAACAGUUGACGAGUCAGCCGCCAUUCAGCUAUAUACAAUGGAAUGGCCAGAAUCAAGUUCAAGUUUCUAUGCUAUCCUUAACCGAACACUGAGAGAAUUUAAUAGAGCCAAACUUAAGCCGUGGUUUAAAUAUUUAAAAUUAGUUUUAACAGCUUUGUAUAAAUUACCCGAUAACAAGGGUCUCGUCUGGCGCGGGAUUAAUGAAGAUUUAAGUACAAUAUAUGAAGAAGGACGAAAUUACACAUGGUGGGCAUUUAAUUCUUGCACAUCUUCAGUGACAAUUCUCGAAUCGCCACAAUAUUUGGGAAAGACCGGUAUUCGAACAUUAUUUACGAUUGAAACAACAUCGGGAAAAAUUAUCAAAGCGCAUUCAUAUUAUAAAACUGAAAAUGAGGUUCUUCUUUUGCCGGGCACUUAUUUCUGCGUUAUUGGCUUGUUAAAUCCAGCACCUGGUUUUUACAUAUUUCAUUUAAAACAACAAACACCAUCGGAUACGCUUAUCGAACCACCUUUUGACGUUCACAGCCAACUACAACCGUUAUCCCGCCUUUUACAAAAUGACAGAACAGAAAUAAUCGAUAUCAAUGUUAUCUUAUCGUUUCCAUUUAAAAUAAAAAUUAAACAAAGUGAAACCUUUCCGCUAGAGCGUGCUUCGACUCAUGCACAAAUAGAUACAGACAGAAAAGUUAUCGGUUUAAUGAUAUAUAAAGAAAUACAAUCGGUUCCAGAUUUAUUUUCACUUCAAAAUUUACAAAAAUUAUAUAUUUCUGAUUGUGAUCGGCCUGUUACGUCUGGCAUUGGUCACUUGAAACAAUUAAUCAGUUUAUCCAUAUGCAACAAUAAGGCUUUGAGGACGUUGCCAAAGGAAAUGAGUCAAUUAUCAAAACUGAAAACAUUGACACUUGAUGGAUGUUGUUUUCAAGAAAUACCAGCUGUAUUAGCAACAUUAUUAUCACUGCAAAAUUUGUGUUUGGAUAAUAAUAAUAUAUCAUCAAUUAGUCCGUCAACAUUUUUCGAAAACCUUCAAAAUUUAAAAGAAUUGUCAUUCAUCCACAAUAAUUUCACUAAGCUUCCAUGUGAGGCAUUAAUGUACUGCAAAAGUCUACAUACAUUACACAUGAUCCAUAAUAAAUUGAAUGAUUUAUCAGGAAUUGAACUGUGGUCUCCGAACUUGUAUUGGAUGCUUCGUGACGAAGAUCUGACAUUAUAUUUAUGA